AUGCACCAGCAUCCUCGGCCACCAGCGCCACAGGCGACUUCGGCUCGGUCGAACCUGUCUCGUUCGGCUGAGCGUAGGGAGUCAGAGAACCGCCCAACGUCCCCCGCGGCCGAUCCCAGGGUGCAACAAAGUCGAGGAUUAGGGAUCGAGACCGAGUCUGGGUCAAUCGACCCGGCUCAGUCCACACAGCCUUCGAAGGAGGCUGUUGCAAAACUCAACCAGAUUAUAUCCGUGAGAUCCCCGGUCUGUGUCAAAACGAACCCCCGCAACUCCCAACUGACUCCUCUCUGUAUCCAGAACUAUCAUACGAAAGCCGCCCUGAUCAUCCUGCACUCACGCGUGGAACUUCCUCCAUCUUACAACAAGGGGUCGGACACACCCCGAGUAAAUCGAUGGUUCAAUGUUGAGAUCGAAGAUACAGACGUCCUCCGAGAACAGCUACGAACGUGGAGGACGUGCGACGCCACUGAAAACCGACCGCCACCGCUGAUCAUCGAAACCUACCUCGAUACCACAGGGCUCACAAACAACCAAAGUCUGGUCGCGUUAGACGAGAAUGGAAAGCGCUGGGAUGUUUUGGAGUCUCUUGCUGCCUCGCGAGAGGCCCACCCCGUCAGACCCCCUUCGUCUAGGUCGGACGAUGUCAUCCUGGAGCGAUGGAGAGUGGAGUUGGGGGACAUGCCCGGGAAACUACCAACCGACCUGGGGUCGAUAUUACCAACGGUAUACAAGAAGAGCAUUAUACUGUUCCGAUCUCUAUUCACCUAUUCUAAGUUCUUGCCUGCUUGGAAAUUCACCAAACGCACCGGACGACUGAGGACUCAUCCUGCCUUGCGAAUCAAGUACAGGAUCGUAAGUGGCCUGACCACUGGGGAGAGCCCCAAACCAGACCACUUGACCGUUCCCCUGUAUGACAGUAGCAGCAAAGUCGUGGAAACGUACAGCUUUGGAGUCACGGAGUCCCCCGCGGGCCCGUUUUCAGUCCAUGUUACCUAUCGCACGAGCUGUGAUUUCCGGGUAGAUGAUUCGGAAGCGUUGCUCAGCUCGAGGUUCAUGGGCGCUGACGAUGACAUCUUUCGUCCAUCGCUGCCCAGUCGAGACGACGAUGUCAAGGCCGCCAUGGCCGAAAUAGGCUCUGUCCCUGUGACGAAGAGAACUAUUGAUGCUCCCGACCCAAGUCGUGCUUACGGGAGUCUAUCGACCUUUCAUCAGGUUGGGCCCACGACCAGUGCGAGCCCCCUAUCAGCUCUCAGAGCUGCGCGGGAAUCUGGCGCUUCAUCUCCCUCUCCGCCUGGCACGUCCUUACGAAAACCUUUGGGGGUUGCCAAAGUGGGUUCCGCAAGCCGCGCUGCUAUUCUCGCAGGCGAGGGUAGUUCAAGUGCCGGAAGGCGACCAUCUAUCUCAUUCCAACCGUUUAAGGCCCCUCCUCUGUCUGCCUCGCCAUCUCUAGUUGAUCCGCCUCUGGGAGCCUCUCCUCGCUCUCUCCCUUCCCGGGCGGACGCGAAGAACAUGCCGCCGCCCUCGAUAGGUGCCUCAAACCGCAAAUCCUUGCCAUCUGCCUCUGAUAAUGCGGGUUCCUCGGCCAACUCGGCUUCCCCUAGACCAGCGACUAUCUCGAGAUACAGCAGUGCGUUCAGUCACCGUCGAGGACGCCCCUCAUCUGGAGGAGUCAACAGGAUUGAGGAUGAUACCUCUAGUGGGAAAGCGAGUGCAACGUCAUCAGCUCAGCCGGGCUCUGGCUUACUCGCGGAGGUCACAGGGACAAGUGCGGAAUCUAUCCAUGCCGAUGAUGAGAAUAUUUCCGAAUUUCUGAAGAUGUUGGAUUUGAAGAAAGAUCUCCUGACCACCACGAGCCCCGGAGCGCUAGAGGUUGCCGCGCGAAAGGCAACUGCGACGAGUGCUGCGCUGGCUCGCUUUCAGCGAAUGCGUGAUUCAAAUGCUGCUCUGUCCGACUCUAUGUCGUCUUCCCUGCUACUGCAGCGUUCUUCAAAUUCAUCAAGCAAACAGCUUUCAGGUGUUCCCCCCAUGGUGGCCGGAACAUCUACCUCUACCGCCUCUUCACCGGGAAAACCUAUCUCGCCACAUACGCCGCAUACGCCUGCUAUCCCCUCCCGGUUGAGUUCUAAUAGUAUCGUUGAGUAUACCCACCCGGCCAACAACGACGGCGAGGGUGGAUCGCCGUUAGAGGAAAAUACCAGUGAUGACACAGCCAUGGACCGUGGCCCAUCUACAGUUACGGCUAUUGAUAUUCCAACAUCGCCUCGCGUGUUUCCUCCUGUCUAUCGGCGUUCUAGCUCGGCUGCCCAUCGCAGACGCUCCGUUACUGUUGAUGAGGAAGAGAUUUUCCCUUUCAACAUGCGCAGUGUGAGCCUUGGGGCAGAGGAGCAGUCGCAUCAUAGUCUGAGCGCAUUGCACAGGCAGCAGGAGUAUGAAGGUGCUGCUCCACGCCCGGAUCUGCUGCAGAGGGAACAGCAUCGUUCGUCUGGAAACGAGGCAGAAGUGACACGCGCGUCCGAUUCGCGUGAAAGCGGUCUACACAGAGGCCCAUCGUCAUCUGGUCCAAUAACAUCAUCUAUGUCGUCUACCCAUCACAUAUACCAGCCUCGUUUCGGCCAUUCGCGCUUCCGUGGUCAGUCCGGCGGUCCUCAUUCCCUGAGCUCCGCGUCCAGCAGCCUUGCACGCGGUGCCAUGGUCCCGCAGGAUCUUAUUGAGCGUGAUCAUGAGCGUGAUGGCACUGCCAGCGGUAGCGGAAGCGCCACUUCAACCGCAGAAGACCGCCGCGCUGGACGGCGGACAAGCACGGGUCGCGGUGUUCCCCCACAGUCAACACAACCAGAGGAAGAUGAACCUUUGUUAUUCGCCAUGAGUGACUUCGGGGUUUCUCGACGCAGCUUAGAAGAGAGCAGACAUGGAAACCACUCUGCCGACCCAAGCAGUGCUCCUGGCUCAUCCCGGCGAGGAAGCGGCCGUCGCGGCGGUGGGUUGUCAGGAUUCCCGGCGUGGUCUUAA